CGCCAAAGUCCCGCGGCAGAGAGCAACACGAAGAUGCACCCAAGGAUCCGAGCUGUGGGGCCGCAUCCCUGAGGCCAUGGUGGGCGGGGCGUUGCCUGCCCUCCUACAAGGUCACCGCGGGGGCAGGAGGGCACCCGGGGCUGGGAUGGAGCUGAUUCUUCCACACCAAGGAUGAGCCCGGCCCGAUCUCUCAGGUGGCGUUUCCCCCAGUGCACACAAGACGCUCCCCUGGGACGUGAGACGCCCACACUCUCUUUCUCAGACCCUUAAAUGGCACCCGGGGAGGGAGGACUGCCGGCCUGUGAGUCUGAGAUCCGCGAUGCCUGCAGGUCUCAGAGCAGGGAGGUGGGCCUGUGAGGGCUGGGGAGGCCCUGACCCGAGGGCCAGGCACCCUGCGGCCAGGUUGCCGCCUCCCUCAGUUUCCUCGCUCGGGAGACAGGUGAAAGAGCAGAGCGGGGUGGUCCUGCCUCUGCCGCCUAGCCCCGCCCCUCCAUGACGUCAUUAUGGGCGGAGCUCAUGGCCCCGCGGAGUCGCGAUGGGCGGUCCUGCCGAGCCCCGCCCCAGCCCUGACGUCACCGCGGGCGGUCCCUCCACGCCCCGCCCCUGCCCUGACGUCACGGUGGGCGGAGCGCCACCCCCGGUGCCGGCCGCGCUCUCCUGGUGCUGCGGGACGCGGAGCGCCCGGCGAGGCCAUGCAGGUUCCGGGCCCGAGCCCGAGCCCAAGCCCGAGCCCGAGCCCGAGCCCGAGGCCCGACGCAGCGCAGCUCCCCCGGCGGAGGCGGCGGGCGCGGGGUGCGCUCUGAGGCUGGGGGAUGCGCCGCCGCCCCGACCAUGGGCGCCGCCGCCUCCCGGAGGAGGGCGCUGAGGAGCGAGGCCAUGUCCUCAGUGGCGGCCAAAGUGCGAGCAGCCCGAGCGUUUGGCGAGUACCUGUCCCAGAGUCACCCUGAGAACCGGAAUGGUGCAGACCACUUGCUAGCUGAUGCCUACUCUGGCCACGACGGGUCUCCUGAGAUGCAGCCAGCCCCUCAGAACAAGCGCCGCCUCUCCCUGGUUUCCAAUGGCCGCUAUGAGGGCAGCCUCUCGGAGGAGGCGGUCAGCAGGAAGCCGGCUGGUGAGGGCCCCCAACCCCGUGUGUACACCAUCUCCGGGGAGCCAGCCCUGCUGCCCAGCCCAGACGCCGAGGCCAUCGAGCUGGCUGUAGUGAAGGGGCAGCGGCAGCAGGAGGGGCACCCCCACCACCACAGCCAGUCCCUGCGUGCCAGCCCGGGCAGCAGCCGGGAGGACGUCAGCACGCCCUGCCAGAGCUGGGCAGGCAGCCGCCAGGGCUCCAAGGAAUGUCCUGGAUGCGCCCAGCUGGCCCCUGGCCCCAGCCCCUCCCUUCGGACUUUUGGGCUGGACCAGCCACCUCUGCCUGAGGCCACCAGCCGCCGCAAGAAGCUGGAGAGGAUGUACAGCGUUGACCGUGUGUCUGAUGACGUCCCCAUCCGCACCUGGUUCCCCAAGGAGACCCUCUUCAGCUUCCACACGGCUACCACAACUAUGCAAGCCAUCUCGGUGUUCAGGGGCUACGCGGAGAGGAAGCGCCGGAAACGGGAGAAUGAUUCCGCGUCUGUAAUCCAGAGGAACUUCCGUAAACACCUCCGCAUGGUCGGCAGCCGGCGGGUGAAGGCCCAGAGCUCCGCCUCUACUGCAGGCCCUGCCCCAGCACACCUCCACUCCAGGCUCCGCCUCCACGCCAGGACCCACCCCCACUCCAGGCCCCACGGCAGCCCACCUCCACUCCAGGCGGCACCCGGCCCCACUCCCACUCCAGACCCUGCUCCGUCCCCACCUCCACUCAGAGCCUCCACACUAGCGUUCGCCGAGCGGCGUGAGCGGAGCUUCAGCCGGUCCUGGAGCGACCCCACCCCCAUGAAAGCCGACACUUCCCACGACUCCCGAGACAGUAGUGAUCUGCAGAGCUCGCACUGCACCCUGGGUGAAGCCUUCGAGGACUUGGACUGGGAGACCGAGAAGGGCCUGGAGGCUGUGGCCUGUGACACUGAAGGCUUCUUGCCGCCCAAGGUCAUGCUCAUCUCCUCUAAGGUGCCCAAAGCCGAGUACAUCCCCACCAUCAUCCGCAGGGACGACCCCUCCAUCAUCCCCAUCCUCUACGCUGGGGGGUGCAUGCAGGCCGCGGGGGGCAGCACUCACACCUCUCCCUCCCCAGAGGAGAUAGAGAAGAAGCUGAACAUCUACCAUAAGGGGGCUAAGAUCUGGAAGAUGCUGAUUUUCUGCCAGGGUGGUCCAGGACAUCUCUACCUACUCAAGAACAAGGUGGCCACUUUUGCCAAAGUGGAGAAGGAAGAAGACAUGAUCCACUUCUGGAAGCGGUUGAGCCGCUUGAUGAGCAAAGUGAACCCAGAGCCGAAUGUCAUCCACAUCAUGGGCUGUUAUAUUCUGGGGAAUCCCAAUGGAGAGAAGCUGUUCCAGAACCUCAGGACCCUCAUGACCCCUUACAGGGUCACCUUUGAGUCGCCCCUGGAGUUGUCGGCCCAAGGGCCUGGAAUCUCCUCCUAUACCUCUGACCCUGCACAGGCUGGCGAGAGUCUGAAGGGCUGCCUGGAGGAGGCACUGGCACUGAUCCCAAAGGCCCAGCAUCAGGAAACGCCCAUGUUCCUGGGGGCCACGGCUGGCAUGAGGCUGCUCAGCCAGAAGAACAGCUCUCAGGCGAGAGACAUCUUUGCGGCAGUCACCCAGUUCCUGAGCCAGUCUCCCGUGGACUUUAGGGGUGCUGAGCUCCUGGCUGGGCAGGAUGAAGGUGCCUUAGGUUGGAUCACCAUCAAUUACGUCCUGGGCAUGCUGGUACAGUACUCCUUCUCUGGAGAAUGGAUCCGGCCUCCAGAAGGGAUGCUGGUGGGUGCCCUGGACAUGGGUGGGGCCUCCACCCAGAUCACCUUCGUGCCUGGAGGCCCCAUACUGGACGGGAACACACAGACCACGCUCCGGCUCUACGGCCUCGACCACAGCGUCUACACCCACAGCUACCUCUGCUUCGGGCGUGACCAGAUGCUGAACAGGCUCCUGGCUGGGCUGGUGCAGAGCAGCCCGGCCCCCCUGGUCCGCCACCCGUGCUAUCAUAGCGGCUACCAGGGCACGCUGUCCCUGGCCUCGCUGUAUGCAUCACCCUGUGUCCACACCACAGCCCCCCUGAACCUCACCCGGAACCUCACUGUGGAGGGGACAGGGAACCCCAGGGCCUGCAUCUCGGCCAUCCGUGAUCUCUUUGACUUCCUGAGCUGCGAGGGCCGAGCAGACUGUGCCUUCAACGGGGUCUACCAGCCCCCCGUGCGGGGCCAGUUCUACGCCUUCUCCAACUUCUACUAUACCCUCCACUUCCUGAACCUCACCUCCAGGCAGCCGCUGGCCACGGUCAACACCAGUGUCUGGGAGUUCUGCCAGAGGCCCUGGAAGCUGGUGGAGGCGAGCUCAACCGGGCAGGACCGCUGGCUGCGUGACUAUUGCGCCUCGGGGCUGUACAUCCUCACGCUCCUACUUGAGGGCUACGGGUUCAGUGAGGACACCUGGCCCAACAUCGAAUUCCGCAAGCAGGCCGGUGGCACUGACAUCGGCUGGACAUUGGGCUACAUGCUGAACCUGACCAACAUGAUCCUGGCUGAGGCACCUGCCCAGUGGCGGGCGGAGAGCUACAGCAUCUGGGUGGCUGGAGUCGUCUUCAUGGUGCUGACUCUCGUGGCCAUUCUCGGAGCUGCUGCAGUCCAGCUUUUCUGGCCCCAGGACUAAGCUGGGCUGCCACCUGAUGCUGGAAGGCAGAGACCCAGCUCCCAUAGCUCAGCGGGGCUGCCCCAGCCUGGACGCCUGAGCUGGCUUGAGCCUUCCUGAGCCCCUGACCCCUGUGGGGCCUCCCAGGGGCUUGUCCUGUGGGCUCUGGGCUCAGGAUUGCUCUGGCUAUGGAAACUGCACCAUGGUCCCCCAUCCGGUACCCCUGGGUCCCCCUCUCCACCAUGCUUCCCAGGCCAGCGGGUGCCUUUCUGCACCAGUGCUAAGCCACCAGGACCCCUGUGGCAUUCCAGGGCCGUGUGACUGCAGAGUCAGUGGGACGUGGGGCUGGGUCGAGCCGGAGGGUGAGGAGUGACCACUGCAGCAAGAAGGGGCCUGGCUUCCUGGGAGGGGCUGGCAGUUGGGCCCCAGGGUCUCUAGGAGCUGGCAGAGCCUCGGGACAAGGCUGGGGGAGGGACCCAGCCUGAGGGACAGUGUCCAUGCUCUUCUCCUGGAGCAGCCCCACCCCACACUCUUGGAAUCGGAAUGCGGACCACACCUUAGAGGGGGCAGAUUGCUUUUAUUAAAACCUUCUUUGCUGUUGGA